AAGUUGAACCCAUUUCUUCAAAUGGUAGGCUUGUAGACGUCGUGGACAAACCAAAGUCACCAACAUCCAAACAAAGAUUUUCUUUUUCAGAAUUCCGGAGACGAAAAUGGGAUCUAGCCAACAUCAACAGAAACUGAAAGAAGAAACCAUCACCGAUAAUAUGAUUCCUACACUUCCUCUUCUUACUCCCUACAAAAUGGGAAAUUUCAAUCUUUCUCAUAGAAUUGUAUUGGCUCCAUUGACUAGACAGAGAUCUUACGACAAUGUUCCUCAGCCGCAUGCCAUUUUAUAUUAUUCCCAGAGAACUUCCAAAGGUGGUCUUUUGAUAGCUGAAGCUACCGGAGUUUCUGAUACAGCUCAAGGGUACCCAGAAACACCUGGUAUAUGGACGAAAGAGCAAGUUGAAGCAUGGAAACCCAUUGUUGAUGCUGUCCAUGCAAAAGGUGGGAUCUUCUUUUGUCAGAUUUGGCAUGUGGGAAGGGUUUCAAAUCAAGGUUUUCAGCCAAAUGGACAAGCUCCAAUCUCCUGUACAGACAAGCCAUUGAUGCCCCAGGUUCGAGCAAACGGAAUAGAUGUUGCAAGGUUCUCACCUCCAAGGCAGUUAAGAACAGAUGAGAUCCCUCAAAUUGUCAAUGAUUUUAGACUUGCUGCAAGGAAUGCCAUGGAAGCUGGUUUUGAUGGAGUCGAGAUUCAUGGGGCUCAUGGAUAUCUAAUUGACCAGUUUAUGAAAGAUCAGGUCAAUGAUCGAACAGACCAGUAUGGUGGAUCUCUAAAGAACCGCUGCAGAUUCGCUCUGGAAAUAGUUGAAGCCAUUUGUAAUGAGAUAGGAGCAGAUAAAGUUGGAAUAAGACUUUCUCCCUUUGCAAACUAUAUGGAAUCAGGAGACUCGAAUCCAAAAGCAUUAGGCCUCUACAUGGCAGAAUCCUUGAAUAAAUACGGAAUUCUCUACUGUCACAUGGUCGAGCCAAGAAUGAUGAAAGUGGGAGAAAAAUGUGAAUGUCCCCAUAGUCUCCUGCCAAUGAGAAAGGCUUUUAAUGGUACUUUCAUUGUUGCUGGGGGUUAUGACAGGGAAGAUGGAAACAAAGCAGUGGCUGAAAACCAUGCAGAUCUUGUUGCGUUUGGUCGUUUGUUUUUAGCCAACCCGGAUUUGCCAAGGAGAUUUGAGCUUGAUGCUCCUCUCAAUCAGUACAACAGAGAUACAUUCUACGUAUCAGAUCCUGUUGUUGGCUACACUGAUUAUCCAUCUCUUGAAACAGCAGCUUAAGCUGUUAAUUAAGUGGUUUGAAUCUGAUACUAGAAUAUUUGUGGGUGCCGGGUUAAGGACCGGACAGCAAGCUGUUAGCAUCAUGUGUAUUAUUUGCCAUAGGUUGGCGGAAAGUUGGGUGGGCUAAGGCGUGCUUAAAAAUAGCAAGGUCUAAGGUGGUUUGGUUCGCUUAGAAAAGGAAGAAAUGAAACAACACAACUUGCCUGUUGUCACUAGUCAUGAAAUGGUGUUAGAAUUUAGAUGUUAUGAAAAAUAUGAAAGCAAGAA